AUGUCUAGUAUAUGCGCCUCAGAAAUUUAUAGUUUAGAUGUUCCACUCGUUGUGCGUAAUGGAACUGGACCAAUUGACCUUUCUUGUAAUUACAAUCUCAGGGAAAAUGAGAACGGUCUUGUGGUGAAAUGGUAUCACAAUACAGAUCAAAUCUAUCAGUGGAUACCACCAAUGUCACCUCAGGACAUAGGAGUGAUAAACGGAUAUACGGAAUAUCCUGAAGAAAAUUUAAGACAUCCCAAUUCUCGAUCUAUUAUCAAUUUAAAAAUGGCUAUCAUCGAAAUGAGCGGGGAAUAUACUUGUACGAUUAGCACCUUUCAGGAAGAAGAUACGAAGAAAACAAAAAUGAUUGUUUAUGUGCCAGAAGUUAAUACAACCAUUCGUGUCUCCUCAUUCAACGAAAGUCAUCUAAACGUAAUAUGUGUCGCAAAUGGAGCACAACCACGACCAAUAUUAAAGAUUUACACGGAAGGAAUCGAAGUGAAUAAUUAUCAUGAUAAAAUUGAGAGAACAAUAGCAUAUGAGAAUAUUCUUUUCGUAAAACGCAGCGCAAUCAUAGAGAAUCCUCUAGAACCACUGCUAUUAGAAUGCGAAAUUUCUAUACCCUAUACAGAUUAUAAACGCAGAGAGAGGAUUGUUUAUUACCCCACUCAAAUGUUAUCGCAAAGAAGUAGUGCAACAAACUAUCGAAUUGGUAUCGUCACUGUCAUUUUCUACAUAGUAUUGUUAUUAAAGUAA